AUGGUGAUCAAAAAUAAUGUCCUUAAAAAUAUGGAGGAUAGUUCAAUUCAUACUACCCAAUUUAUUAGUUAUAUUAAUCAACAAUCGCUUGAACAUUUAAUUGCCAAUGAAAUUAUUUCUGAUAAUAAUAUUUCUAUCGAAGGCAUUAAAAAAAUUUGGAUCUUGCUUACAAAGUCAUCUUCAUGGUGUACAUUUCAAGAUUUAAAUUUAG